CAAAAAAAAAAAGAGCAAAGAAAAAGAAAGAAGCAAAAUGGGGUGUGAUUGUUAUAUGUGUUGGUGUAUCUGCAUGACACCAAAUCAGUGAAAAGAAUCAUAGUAUAUCUAUCUCAAAUUUUCUCAUUUGAAACAAGCCAACUUGGGAGGAAAUUCAUGUCAAGUGGUCAUGGUGGGUUGAUUUGCUUUUUCUUCCUCUUUCAACUCACAUAUCUCUCUCUUCUUCAGCUUUUUCUAUGAGAAUUCCCCUCCUUUAGAUUCUCCUCUCUAUUAAUCUGCACAGCCCAAGGAAUUCAGAUUAUUUUGCUCUUUUGAGUUUUGAGAUUGGGAUUAGAGUUGAAGGACUAAAAAUUGCAUGUCUUGGAGGAAGGAGGUUAUGUAUAUAUAGAGAGGAUUUGUUAUUAGAUAUGGCUGCAUCUUUUUCAGCAACAUCACUCUUUGGAGUCAGAGAAGAGGAUCAGAAUCAGAUGAAGCAACAGCAUUCAUCAACACCAUCAUCAUCAACAACUCCAGCUGCACCACCCCAGAAGAAAAGAAGAAACCAACCUGGAACACCAAAUCCAGAUGCGGAGGUGAUAGCACUAUCACCGAAGACACUAAUGGCAACAAACAGGUUUAUAUGUGAAGUGUGCAACAAAGGGUUCCAAAGGGAGCAAAACCUACAGCUUCACAGAAGAGGACACAACUUGCCUUGGAAGUUAAAGCAGAAGACUACAAAAGAGCCAAAGAGAAAGGUUUAUCUGUGUCCCGAACCCACAUGCGUCCACCAUGACCCUUCAAGGGCUCUUGGUGACCUCACUGGUAUUAAGAAACACUACUCUCGCAAACAUGGUGAGAAAAAAUGGAAGUGUGACAAAUGCUCCAAAAAAUAUGCUGUUCAAUCUGAUUGGAAAGCACAUUCUAAAACUUGUGGCACCAGAGAAUAUAGAUGUGACUGUGGCACUCUCUUCUCCAGAAGAGACAGUUUCAUAACUCACAGGGCCUUCUGUGAUGCACUGGCUCAAGAAAGUGCAAGACAACCACCGAACCUAAGCAGUGCCAUUAGCAGCAACAACAACAACAACAUAGCCUUAUCUCAAAUGGGUUCACAGAUCUCCUCCAUCCAUGACAAUAACAACAACAAUUCUAGUGACCUAUUACGUUUCACUGGUCAAUUUGACCACAUUCUCCCACCACCACCAUCACAUAUUAGACCUUCACAACAACAACAAACCAUUCACAACACAACCACACCUUCAUUCUUCAUCUCAUCAGAAUCAAACCAAAACCAAAAUAAUUACCACACAAACAACAAUUCCCCAUCUGGACCAAACCUCUUCAACCUUCCCUUUCUUUCAAGUCGCAGCAACAACAACAACAACUAUUCUGAAGAACAUUUCAACUAUGAAGGGUCAUCAAAUUUCUUCUCUGCAAGUGCACCUUCUCUCUUCAGCACAUCUUUCCAAAGCAGCAACACAACCAUCCCUCAUAACAUGUCCGCAACAGCACUGCUUCAAAAAGCUGCUCAAAUGGGUGCAACUUCAAGCAACAACAACAAUAAUAACAACAACAACACUGCAUCCUCAUUGCUUAGAAGCUUUGGAACAUCAUCAAACAAUAACCAGCAUAACAACUUUCAAGGCCUAAUGAACUCGUUUGCAGGUAGUGGAAACUCUUCCAUCUUCGAAAGCGUGUCUUCUUCUGAUGCAGUGCUUGCUGGGUUUGAAGCAUUCGAUCAUGGCAUUAACAGAGAGCUUAAACUUCCAACUGUGAGCAUUGGAGGCUCUGAUAGACUCACCCGAGACUUUCUAGGAGUUGGUCAUGUUGUGAGAAACAUGAGUGGUGGUGGAGUUUCACAAAGAGAACAACAACAACAACAAAGUGGUUUCAACUUGAGCUCUUUGGAAUCAGAGAGAAAUAAUGCUGCGCCGUCAGGACAAACUUUUCGAGGUGGAAGGAACGACUUUCAGUGAGUGAAUCAAGUACAAAACGGGAUGUCAACUUGUUCCAUUGAAAAUUGACUGCUUAGUUCUUCUAAUUUGGUUUUCGGGAGCAACAUUGUGGAAGCAUAUUGGAGAUCUGUAUAGAACUAGCUAGCUGGAAGAUUUUCAAACGAAGGAAAAUUAUGAAAAUUUAUGUAGUUAAUCUAAUUCUCUGUUAUAUUCGUAUCCCUUCCCCCCUCCUUUUCUCUUCCUUCAAGUUUAUUAAGAUUUCAAACGAAGUUUAUAUUAAGAUUUAUGGUUUAACGUAACAGAUUUUGUUAUUAGACAAUGCUUUAAUAUUUAAAUUUGUGG